GGAAAGUCACUUGGAAGAUCACUCACUGUUCAGCAGUUUAGGAGCCGCAGUCGCCGGCAUCUCAUUCAUCGAUGAAGAAGUCCAAGUCCUACAAGCUAGAGGCCCCCGAUGGCGGUUGGGGCAUCCUCGUGUGCAUUGGCAUGGCCCUGCCGUUUACGAGCGCCUUGGCCGCCCUGCCGUCGUUUGGUCUCGUGUUUGGAGACUUUCUGAAGAGCAUUGGUGCAGAGACCAGUGCCAUGGCCAUCAUUACCAGUGCCUUCUUCUCAGCCAUGAGUUUUGCUGGUUUAUUUUCGGGCUCGCUGUUCCAGCGUUUCGGCAUGCGAGCGGUGGGCGUCACCGGUGGCAUCCUGUAUUUUCUGGGCACGGGCAUGCAGCUGUUUGCCACCUCAACGAUGCACCUAAUGCUGGCCUUCAGCUUGGUACAGGGCUUGGCCUUUGGCCUGAUGGUGCCCACCUGCUAUACAACCUUCAAUCAUUACUUCGUAAAGAAUCGGGUGAUGUGGAUGAGCUUUGCCCAAACGCUGAUCGGCCUGGGAUCGAUGCUCUAUCCGAUUGUUAUGCAGAAGCUCUUGCAUUGGUAUGGCUUUCGCGGCUGCCUGCUGGUCCUCACUGGCCUCAAUGCCCAUGCCGUCCUUGGCAUGCUCGUAAUGCAUCCAGUCGAGUGGCAUAUGCGUCGUGUGCCCCUCAGCGACGAGGAACUGCAGCUUAAAGAAACCACCACAGUGGUGGUGCGCAUCCAGCCAGAGACUCCGCUCAAAAUCACCGAGGCGGAGCCCAAGUUUCUGCGACGCCUCUCGCAUGCCGACGAGCACCACAUGCUGAAGGUCAUCUCCAGUCGUGCCUCGAGCAUCACCAGCCUAGGCAACUGGUCCGGCCCAGUGGUCGUCAGCGAUGCCUCGCCACAAAUGCUCCACAGCCUGCAGUCCUCCAGGCGUCCAUCGAUGGUGGGUGGAUCACCGACGACGAAUGCCACAGCUCCUGAUGUCCCGAAAAAGGGAUGGAUCCGCUCUGUUGUGGACUUUCUCGAUCUGACGCUUCUGAAGAAGCCCAUCUACGUGAACAUUGUGCUCGGCAUCACCUUUGCCCUCUACUCGGACAUCACGUUCUUCACCAUGCAGCCUGUCUAUCUAUUUGAAUUGGGAUACAGCAGGCUGGACACUGCUACUAUUAUUGCUAUUGGAGCAGCCGCCGAUUUGACUUCGCGGAUUUUUCUAGCCGUCACCGCUGUUUGCAUUCAAGUGCCCUCCCGAUAUAUUUACUUGGCCGGAGCUGUUUUCACAGUCUUUGCCCGAUUCGUUUUCAAUGGCAUCACGGAGUUCGUAGGCAUGGCCUGCAUCACAGGAGUUAUUGGCUUUUUGCGCACGUGGCUGCAUGUGCCGCUGCCUUUGGUUUUUGCCGACUAUUUGCCGAAGGAGAGAUUCGCCACCGGGUACGGACUGUUCAUGUUUACGCAGGGAAAUGCCAUGUUUCUCAUUGGACCGAUCGUUGGCAUUAUUCGCGACAAGACACGAGACUAUUUAUUAGUUUUUAAUAUUCUGAACGGGUUCAUGAUUCUCUGCGCUGUUCCCUGGGUCAUCGAGGUGCUCAUAGUUAAAUUUCGACGACGUAACAAAAUCGAACGCAAUAAUGUCGAUCACGAAGAUGUGACCGACGCGGGCAGCACUACUGUUGUUCACUGAAAACCCUCGGACAUUUCGGGGUUUCUCAAGCUUCACACAUACCCACACACACAACCAA